GGGCGGGCUUAUGUGGGACAGACGGGUCUGCUGAGAGGCAGACACACACGCGGGCGCGCGCGCGCGCACACACACACACACGCACACACGCACACACAGCCGCACGCACCGCUUGGAAGUUGCGCUUCCCGCACAUCCGUAUGCGGCGGUGCGCAACAGAUCCGUGGAGCGCGCAGCCCUCUUCUCCAUCACCGAAUGCCGUUUUUAUUGUGCUCUUUUUAUUUUUGUAAUCCCAGGAUUUUUCUUUUAUUUUAUUUUAUUUCAAAACCAACUCCUAACACAAGCGACAGUAACGUUUCAGCGGACAACUUGGUCGGACUUUUGAAGGGAUGUGUUAUGGGCAAGUUUUGAGAACAAUCGCUUUUUCGCGUGUUUUUCGCGUGUUUUUGUGGAAUUAUACUCGGUAAGGGCGUUCGCUUUCUUUCUGAAGAUGAGUUCCGCGAAGGGAAAGGAUCUAAUUUGUUUCUUACUGCCCAUUCUCCUUCUUCUGCUGCUGCUCGUCUUUACGCACUGCGCUUCAGGUAGGAACUUGAAAUACAAAGUUUACGAGGAGCAGAAAGUGGGGACGGUGAUCGCGAGGCUCAGGGAAGACGUGGCCGAUGUCUUGUCCAAAGUGCCGGGUUCGGUUCCCCAGCGGUUCCGCGCCAUGCAGAGAGGAACCACCUCCUUCCUCUCCGUGCGAGAAGAAGAUGGAGAGAUCAGCAUCGGGGCGAAGAUCGACCGGGAGAAGCUGUGCGAGCUCAACCUCAACUGCUCCAUCGAAUUCGACGUGAUCACGCUCCCCACGGAGCACCUGCAGCUGUUCCACGUCGAGGUGGAGGUGCUGGACAUCAACGACAACUCCCCGCAGUUCUCGCGCGCCACCAUCCCCAUCGAGAUCUCCGAGAGCGCCGCCGUGGGGACGCGCAUCCCCCUGGACAGCGCCACGGACCCGGACGUGGGUGAGAACUCCCUUCAUACGUACUCCCUGACCCCGAACGGCUUCUUCAAGAUCGACAUACGAACCAGGACGGACGGCGCCAAGUACGCGGAGCUGGUGGUGAUUAAGGAGCUGGACAGGGAGCUGCAGUCCAGCUAUGAACUUCGCCUCAUGGCCUCGGACACGGGGGUUCCCCCCAGGUCGGGCUCGACCCUCCUGAAGAUCACCAUCUCGGACUCGAACGACAACAGCCCUGUCUUCCAGGAGCAGUCAUAUGUCAUAAAUCUCCUGGAAAACGCGCCUGUGGGCUCAGUGUUAAUUGAUCUGAACGCCACGGAUGCCGACGAGGGGACCAACGGCAGAAUUGUCUAUUCCUUCAGCAGUCACGUGUCUCAGAAGAUUUUGGAGACGUUUAAAAUAAACCCAGAAAGUGGUCAGCUCACCCUGAUAAAGAGAGUUGACUUUGAGACUGUGAUGUCCUAUGAAAUUGAUGUUCAGGCUCAGGACCUUGGACCUAAUUCGAUCCCAGCUCACUGCAAGAUUAUUAUUAAGGUGGUCGAUGUUAACGACAAUAAACCCGAGAUUAACAUUAAUCUGAUGACCCCCGGCAAGGAAGAAGUGGCUUAUAUAUCUGAAGGUGCUCCCUUGGACACUUUCAUAGCGCUGGUGAGAGUUGAAGACAGUGACUCUGGCCUGAAUGGAGAGGUAGUGUGCAGGCUGCAUGGACAUGGACAUUUCAAGCUUCAGAAGACUUAUGAGAAAAACUACAUGAUCCUAACUAAUGUCUCGCUGGACAGAGAAAAGAGGUCAGAGUACAGUUUAACAGUGAUAGCGGAGGACAGGGGGAUUCCAAGCCUCUCCACCAUUAAGCACUUCACUGUUCAGGUUCUGGAUGAGAACGACAAUCCGCCUCGCUUUGAGAAGAGCAGGUAUGAGAUCUUCAAGUCUGAGAACAACUCUCCCGGUGCCUAUCUCACUUCGGUUGUGGCCAGCGACCCUGAUCUGGACAUGAACGGACAGGUGACCUACACGAUUCUUGAGAGCUUUGUCCAGGGGAGCUCCAUCUCGACAUACGUGACUGUUGAUCCCUCCAACGGCGCCAUCUAUGCUUUGAGGAGCUUUGACCAUGAGGACAUCAGCAGGAUUGCCUUUGUUGUCCAAGCCAGAGACGGUGGGGGGACCCAGCUGACGAGCAACGCAACGGUCAUCCUCACCAUUUUGGAUGAGAAUGACAACCCCCCGGUGAUUGUUGUUCCCCAGCUGCGCAACUACACCGCGGACAUUCCCGUCUCCGUGUAUUCUGAGGCGGGGAACCUGAUCACCGUCGUCAGGGCGACUGACAGAGAUUCCGGCAUCAAUGCGGAGCUGACGUGCUCGAUCGUGGCGGGAAACGAAGACGGCUACUUCACCAUGGACCCAAAGAAGUGCGAGAUACGAGCCAACGUCAGCAUGCAGGAAGUUGCUCGCGAGUAUGUUGAGCUUGUGGUGUUGGUGCAAGACAAAGGGCCCACCAGGCUGAGCGCCAGAGCGGUUCUGAAGUGCACGCUAUACGAGAACAUCCACAGCCACAUCCAGCCGGUGCCGACUAACAGCAGCCAGGUCACUCUGGAUGUCUCCAUGAUCAUUAUCAUAUCCUUGGGAGCCAUCUGUGCUGUCCUCUUGGUCAUCAUGGUGCUGUUCGCCACCCGCUGCAACAAGGAGAAAAACGACAUGCGGUCCUACAACUGUAGAGUGGCUGAGUCCACCUACCAGAAUCACCCCAAGAAGCCCUCGCGGCAGGUCCACAAGGGGGACAUCACCCUGGUGCCAACGGUGAACGGCACCCUGCCCAUCAGGGCCCACCACAGAUCGCCAUCCUCCUCACCCCCCAUGGAGAGGGGUCAGAUGGGCAGCAGACAGAGUCACCACAGCCGGCAGUCCCUCAACAGCCUGGUUACCAUAUCCUCCAAUCACAUCCCAGAGAACUUCUCGCUCGAGCUCGCUCACGCUACGCCACCUGUGGAGCAAGUCUCACAGCUUCUGUCAAUGCUCCAUCAGGGCCAGUACCAACCGAGACCAAGUUUCCGUGGGAAUAAAUACUCAAGAAGCUACAGAUAUGCCCUUCAAGAUAUGGAUAAGUUCAGCCUGAAGGACAGCGGCCGAGGGGACAGCGAGGCUGGGGACAGCGACUAUGACUUGGGACGAGAGUCUCCCAUUGACAGGCUGCUGGGUGAGGGCUUUAGUGAACUAUUCUUCGCCGAUGGGCACUACAGACUAAACCCAGCAAUGAAGCUGUGCACAGAGGAGUGCAGGGUGCUGGGCCACUCGGACCAGUGCUGGAUGCCACCCCUGCCGUCCCCAGCCUCCUCCGACUACAGGACCAACAUGUUCAUCCCUGGGGAAGACCCCCAGCAGCCCUCGGCCGAAGAAGACCAGCAGUCCGUUGACUCUGGCGACCGCAAGAAGAGCUUCUCCACUUUCGGCAAGGAGUCGGCUGGCGAGGAGGUGGAUGGCGGCGAUCCUUGUGGCGCCUCCCUGCUCUCCGAGAUGAGCAGCGUCUUCCAGCGCCUGCUGCCCUCCUCUCCGGACUCGUACGCCGAGUGCAGCGAGGCCGAGCGUUCCGGCUCCCUGGAGCGGCGCAAGGGGCACCUCCCCGGCAAGCCGUCCGCCUACCCGCAGGGCGUGGCGGCCUGGGCAGCCAACACGCACUUCCAGAACCCGGGCAGCUCCAUCGGGCCGGCCCAGAGCAAUCACACGAGCGCCCCGCCCCCUCUGAAGUGGCUGCCGGCCAUGGAGGAGAUCCCAGAGAACUACGAGGAGGAUGACUUCGACAGCGUCCUCAGCCAGCUGCAGGGCAAGCGUAGCGACAGCAGGCACGAGGUCAUGGACGCCAGCGAACUCGUGGCCGAAAUCAACAAACUUUUAAAAGACGUCCAGCAGAGCUAGACGUGCGAGUCCAGAGCCCGUCCCGAAGAGUUUUGCCCCCUUAUUUAUGGGAGACAAGCAGGACCGCGGUCAUCAUUUUGGUUGCAUUUAUAAUGUAAAUGUGUCUGUGAAUGCAAAUUAUUCAAAUAUGUCGCAUUUUCUUGUUCGGUACACAGUGUACACAA